CAGGCGGUAUGAUGUCAUCGAAGCGCGCCGGAUGUUUUGGGUGGAGAGGAAGUCUGUGUUGGCUGGCUGGUUGAUUCUGAGGACCGUUUCUAAGUCGAAGUCAGUUGAUAGGCGAUGCCAGUAAGGCUUUCAAGGCGAGAUAUUCAAAGAGUGGUUUUACCAGUCCUGCCGUCACCACCUGUGUGGCUUUCUUGGCCCAGUGGGGAUUCGAACCCAGGCCUCCUGAAUCCUAGUCCGUUACCCUGUCUUCAACACCGCAUUGGAAGUGACAAUAUUUUUAUCAUGUCUGGAAGCUUCUACUUUGUAAUUGUGGGUCACCAUGAUAACCCAGUGUUUGAAAUGGAAUUUCUACCUGCUGGUAAAGUGGAGUCUAAGGAUGACCAUCGCCAUCUCAAUCAAUUUAUAGCUCAUGCUGCUCUUGAUCUAGUAGAUGAGAAUAUGUGGCUGUCUAAUAAUAUGUAUCUGAAGACUGUGGAUAAAUUUAAUGAAUGGUUUGUUUCUGCCUUUGUCACUGCAGGACAUAUGAGAUUUAUAAUGCUUCAUGAUGUAAGGCAGGAAGAUGGCAUCAAGAACUUCUUUAGUGAUGUCUAUGAUCUGUAUAUAAAGUUUGCAAUGAAUCCAUUUUAUGAACCCAACUCUCCUAUUCGAUCAACUGCAUUUGACAGAAAAGUUCAGUUUCUUGGAAAGAAGCAUCUUUUAAGCUGAAAUGGUGUAAACAUGUUGAAAAUUCAGGUGUACCCAACUGUAUAUUUGACAUUCAUUGAACCUAUGAGGACCAAUCCAUUACCCAAAGACUCAAGACAUUUCAUUACCAGGUAUGAGAAGUAGGACAACUUCAGGAAUCUCUUAUGCUGAUGGAUCACUUUAGUCAUUUAUCUGUAUAUAUCAAACUAAAAUAAAUGCUAAACACUAGUCAAAGAUGUUUUCCAUAAUACUGCUGCUAAUAUUGUAAAAUAAAUGAGGAAACUAGACCUUGCUUUUUCCAUGGCAAUCUGCAGAGAUUUAAAGAACUUGUCCUUUGCUCUUUAGUCCAAAAGGCUGUCAGUGCAGCUUACUGAGAUAAGAAUCUUCUAUAGAAAAGAUUCAGUGUAGGGCUGUAUCAGUGUAAACCCAGAUACUAGAAUUGUGUGUUGCAAGAAAAAUAAUUGUGCAGAACAAGAGAAAUUUAAAUACUCCUAAACAGGAAUUUAGAAGUGAAUCUGACUGCAAUCCAAUUUACUUCUUAAUUGAGAUCAGCAAGUGACUCCACAUAGGUGGUCAUUACAAAACAUUUUUGGAAAUGGCUUAAUCUAAACUGAUUCAGCAUUUGCCAUAAAUUCUACUUUUUGUGACAUGUUCAAGUAUACACUACUUGAUGGGUGACAUGCAAAUUGUGUAUAGAAAGUUGAGUUUUCUGAGAAGUUGCCGUACCUUACAACCCAAGGUUACUUUUCUGAAUUUUAAAACUAGAACUGUUCUCAACUAUCCCAGUUCUCAAGUGUACACUGAGUACAGUCUACCCAUGUUAAGCACUCACAUACAUAGUAACAUAAGAGACUGUAAUCAGGCUCCAUGUACAAGGAUUGUAGCUUUCAGCCUGAAAGAAUUAAGGAAGAAACCAACAUUUGUAGGUAGUGUGGCUCAGGCAAUACCCUUACAUUCCCUGUAUUUGUUUACAUGUUUUACUUACUAAUUUGCUUAAGCAUCGUACAUUUUGCUGUGCUACUUUCCUUUUGAAGUCUUUUUGCCUGAAAAAACUCGAAUUACAAAUUGUGCUAGAUUAUACAUUUGCAGAGAAUGUUAAUUAACCUACCAAGUAAAAUAAUUUAAAAUGC